UUUCAUUUUAUGUGUUAACAAAGACUUUUUCUUAGUUUAUUUUAUUACUCUUUUUUUCUACUUCUCGAUUCUCACCACCAUAAAAUGAGUUGAUUGUUUUAUGUCAAAGAGAAUCAUAUAAUUGUUUUUUGAUGGUCUCUUUUCUAACUACAGUAGCAUCCCUGCCUGAUCUUCCACUGGUUAGUCUUUGUAGAGUGAGAUUUGCCUUGAUUCUGCGGCCAAUCAUUGAUAGUUAAGCGAUCCGGGCGCUAGGGGCGCUUAAUUCGCAAAGCUAGCCAUAUAUUUCGCGGCCAUCGCAUAACUACAGCGUAGGGACUUGAUUCCAGGCAUCUUAACUUUACUGUUAAAGUUGCAGGCCCGGCCCCCAUCCAUAUCAAUUCAUCCCCAAACCAAAAUCUGCUCACUCCACAACACCUCCACACAAACCCAGAACCCCAAGGACGACCGAAAAUAAAUAAUAAAUAAUAAAUAAUAAAUAAUAAAACAGACCAUGCCCCUCAACCCCCCCUUAAAAUCCUGGGCCCUGCCCCGCCUCUCCGCCCUCCUCCCGGGCCUCGACGAAGACUCCCUCACCCAAUUGCUCGAAUAUACCUUCUCGCUGGGCGCGGAGCAGGGCGCGGAGCAUCUGCGGAAUAUCCUGGGCGAUUCGGCGCGGGCGUUGGAGUUUAUUGUUGCGUUUGGGGAGAGGUGGAGGAGGAGCGGUGGGAAGGCGGGGAAGAUUGGGGAGAUGGAGAUGGGGAUGGGGGAGGGGAGGGGAGGAGCGCAGCGGGAAGGGAGGAAACAGCCGCCCUCGGCUUCUGGGCCGUUGAUAUCAGAAUAUCUUCCGAAUGUGCGCUCGAAGGCGGCGAGGGUGUCGGGUGGUGCGCGGAGACAGCAGCAGCAGCAGCAGCAGCAGCAGCAGCAGGGUCAAUCGUCCUCGUCUCCGUCGCAUAACCGUCCGUCUACAUCUACGUCGUCUACAUCUACAAUAUCAACGACGGCAACAACGACAACAUCAAACAUAGCCGACCUAACCGCCGCCAUCGCCCAGCUCGAACUAACCACAAACCCCUCCCUCCCCACCUCCUCCUCCUCCUCCCCCCGACCCCGCAAAAAAUGCAACUGCCAAGCAACCCUCCACCCCCUCUUCACCCCAGCCCCCAACUGCCUCAACUGCGGCAAGAUAAUCUGCGCCCUAGAGGGCCUCCAACCCUGCUCCUUCUGUCAGCAGCCGCUCCUCUCGGCCGGGCAGGUGCAGGAGAUGAUCCGUGAGCUGCGCGCGGAGAGGGGCAGUGAGAAGAUGCGGGCGCAUAAUAAUGGGAAGGGUGCUGCCCGGCGGGGGGAGUUGUAUGACGAGACGCCUGUUGGCAGCAGUAGCAGCAGUAGCAGCAGCCACGGUGCCGGUGGUGGCGGCGGUGGAGCUACGGAUGGUCCUACCACCACCGCCACUAGUAGUAACAGUAGCAGGAGUAGCGACACAACCACACACCGCGACCUCGCCGCGGCAAAAGCGCACCGCGACAAACUCCUCCGCUUCCAAGCUCAGAACGCGCGGCGGACCAAAGUCGUCGACGAGGUGGCUGAGUUCGAGACGCCGGACGUACAUGCGGCGAGUACGCUGUGGAUGAGCGCGGGACAGCGGGCGCUGGCGCUUAAGCGGCAACAGAAGGUGUUGAGGGAGAUGGAGGAGCGGGGGAAGGAGGAGUGGGAGAGGCGCGGGGGUUCUGUUGUUGUUAGUUUGAGUUUUGAGGGCGGGGGGAGGGGGAAGAGGGGGCUUCAGAGGGGGGUGUUGAGGAGGGUGGAGGAGAGAGUGGAGGAGCAGGCGGAGGGAGAAGAAGAAGAAGAGGAGGAGGAGGAGGUGGUGGAGGAGGAGGAGGAGGAAAAAGGAGAGGGCAAGGGUGGUUUCGGGGAUAAUCCGCUGCUUGCUGGUGGGGGGUUGGUGAGGCCUGUGUGGAAGGGGAAGGGGGUUGAUGGAGAUCAGAGCUCGAGUAGGGGAGAGCGCCGGCAGAGGCAGACGUGGCGGCGGGUCCAGGAUGAUGAUGAGGAUAAUGAGAGGUGGAUUUUGGAUGGGGGGUUGUAUGGUUAUGGGCGGGAGGGGAGAGAGAUUGAGGGUGGUGGGGAGUGAGUUUUGCUUUUUGUGUACAAUACCUUAAUGGCCUUUAGGUUGGAUGGGGGGGGGUGUGGUUAUAAUAUGCUAUAUUAUGAACUAUUUGUCGAUAUUUCAGAAUGUACAGGACCAGAUAUACCCUGCUUUUCUGUUUUGUUCAUAUGUAUAUUCGGCAACCGGUGGAGUAACUAGUUAUAUAUUGAAAACCGGCUCGGGAUUCGGGAAUACUACUAUCUUAGCAACUUGAAUUCAAUCAACCACAACAAGUAUGUACUGUACUGGACAUAGAUAUAUGUUCCAGAGUCAUUAACAGCAAAAACAGUGAAGAAAAAGCAGACAAAUCAAUAAUAAAAAAGAGACAUGGAUAUAACCCAUCUAUCACAGCUGAAACUUGC